UCUCCGUUUAUAACAGCAUAAGGUGUCGCAAGCAACACAGAUAAGGAAGGAAAUGUAAACCAGUGGGGACAGAUUUGUUCCUGGUGUAAAUUCCAUUGCUCUCACAGCGACACCAAGGAUGAGUUUAACCCACGGCUUAGUUUAGCCCUGCAAGAUGUGUUGAAACGUAGUUUGACAGAACAUCCUCCUGUAAGCACUGUGGUUACACCAAGUGCUGUGAAAGCCCAUUCCCCACUGCAGCCCCAGGCUCAGCCACUUCUCCCUGCAGCAGCUUCAAAGCCUUCCCGAUGUCUGACAGCCACGCAGCCCCGCUCCUGCUGCCCCAGCAAACAUGUCACAAGCCCGUGGCCGGCCCAGGAAGAGAAAGUGAUGGGAAUCAGAGCGCUGGCCAGCGAGAUGAUCCACUCACCACGAGGAUGGUUUUGGAAAGGAAGGACAUGCCGGAGUCGGAGCCAGCAGCACCCCCGCCUCUCCCAGGGAAAACACAAAGAGAGCUCAUCCCAGCCAGAAGCAGGAGCAGCUCUCAGCUCAGCUUGCCAAUGCAGGCCGCGGGGGCUGGCAGCUCUGCCCAGCACGGAGCCCAGGGAGAUCUCAUUUACAGCAACAUAGGGGAAAUGCGAGCACACUUGGUGCCAGCCAAGGCAUGCCGAGGGGAGUCACCUGAAAAGCCCCCGUCUGAGGCCAGCCGUGAUCCUCUCCCUCCACCCCUGCCAAAAAAGCAGCUCAGCAGAACCAGGUCCUUGCCCGAGAUGCAGACUCAUCACUACUACCCAUGCAAGAGUGCCCACUUCCCCACGCCGCACUCUGUCCACAACACCCUGUAUGAAGUCUCCACACACAGCAGGGGAGGCAGCCGCAGCUACUCUGAGUCGACGGAAGGAUUUCUCUGCGGCCCUAAAAGAUACUUGCCUAAGUCCCAAAGCCUGGGUGAAUCUGAGCCCUGGGACGCCCUGCAUAAAGCUCACCCUGUCCCUGUCCCCAGGCACAUCACCACAGAAGAACUGACGUUCACUACUCCCGAUGGGGAGCUUGUCUACUUCUUCGAGGACCUGGCGAGCACGGCCAACGUCUAUGAGAAGGUGAUGGGGUGCCACCUGGCAUCUUUGAUCCAUCUCACGGCACGGGCGCAGGAGAUCCUGGGCGGAAAGGAGGAGGAGCAGCAGCUGACGGGAGCAGAGCUUGCCGGAAAGAAGAAGUGGGCAGAUUUCACGCUCUUAGACAAGGAGCCAUGUUGUGAAACAGGAGACGCCUGGUAUUAUCGUGUUUCCUGUGCCUCUGUGCAAGCCCAGCAAAUAUUCGCAGCCAAGGUCCAUAAAUCCUAUCCCUGCAGUCUCUCUGUACAGAUGUCUGUAGGGGCUCAUUUCAACAUUCAGCAAGUGUUUGGCUACUUCGUUGAUUCCCUCCCUAAGGACCUCAUGCCAGUGGAAAGGUCUCAGAAGCUGGGUCAGCUCUCUCCUGGAGAACAUGAGGAAGCUGUUUCCACCAGUGCAUCCCUUCCUCUUAACCAAGUGGCCAUCUCUCCUGAGGUUCCUUAUCAAACCCUGGCUGAUUUUGUGAAGGGAUCUCGAGAUCUCCACAGCUCCAGGCCUGGGCACUAUGAACGCCUGGCUUGCCUCCUCCUGCUGCAGUUGUGUACAGGGCUGGAGCACCUCAAGCAGCAGAAGGUUGCUCACUACAACAUUCACAUGGAGAACCUGCUCUUGGUGCAGUGUCCAUCUCCUCACCUGGGCCAGCAGGACAAAGAUCCAUCUGCAGAGCUGUUGCUUCCAAGGUUGGUCAUCAGCAACUUCUCUAAAGCUAUAGGAAAGAAGACAUCUACUUCUGUGGCCCGAGAUCCAGACCGAGUCAGCAUGGCCCCCAAAUGGCUCUCUGUGGCUCACUUCCAAAAUGCAGAGGAGUUCCAGGUAGGCAUAUUGGUCUAUGAGAUCUUGCAUCAGCCCAACCCCUUGGAGAAGCCCUCAGGACUCAGGAGCGGUGACCUCCCUGCUAUCCCAGCCCUGUCCAUCUAUUCAUGGGGGCUCCAGAACCUGGCCACCCUGCUUCUUCACCCAGAUCCCCGCAGAAGCGUGCCCAUCGAACAAGCAAAGAACAUGCUGCAGGUCUUGUUGUGGGGACCACGCCAGGAGCUCUUUGCCAGGAACCAAAUCACUCUUGUCUUGCUCCGGAACUGGGUGGCGAUUAAAAGGGUGCUGCUGCUGCUGAAGUUUGCAGAGAAGGUGUCUGAGGCAGAGGUGACCAUACGACUGGAAGAGUGGCUGUGCUGUUUGUACUUCACAGAGACCACCGAGCACACGCUCCUCCACACCCUCAGGAUUAUGCAUGCUUCAGAAAGCCCUGGGGCACAUUAGACUUGACAGCUUAUGCAUCAGUUAUGAAAUAGGUGGAUUCAUUGGGCCCUAAGAUUCAUCUCAGCUCUUCAUUUUCCAGAAGAAGACACGCUGAGUUUUAUGCAGCUAACCUGGGGCGAGGGGUGUUAGACUUUUAAGACUUAGGUCCUAUUUACUCUAAAGUUUCUGUGGCACUUGGACUAAGAAUAGGCCAGAGGGGCCAGGUACAGCUGGACUUCCGCAGGUGGAGCUCUGGGGUGGAAUGUACCUCCCUGCUCCCUGACACACACAGACUAGGCAGAUUGCUCAGCAUCUUGCAUCCAUUAGGGACCCAGUCCUACUCCCAUUGACUCACACAGCAGCACAGCCAGAUCCUAAACAUCUGCCAUGGGGUAUUUCUCAUGUGUGUCUCCAGGAUAAAACUCAGGCUGUUUACUAGUCAUAUCCCUGCCCUCUCCAGGUCCCCUUUGUGCAAUCUCUCCAUCCCCUUCCCUUCAGGUUCACGCCUCCUUCCUGUUCCUGGGAACUUCAUGAACCAACUAUUUACACCUCUAACCUCCUCCUCCAACUCUUUCGUGAUUGUUCAAAAUAAGAUGGAGCCAAACUCCCUAGUAGACAAAUCCCCACAACUGUGCACUCUGCAGUGUAGUCUUACCCUUGGUUUAGGCUCCUUCUGCCAGUUUUCAGUCCAUGAAGCAAUGUUUUGUACCCAAUUCCCUGGAGUUUUUCUGGGAAGACUUUCUUCCUGAGGGCCAAAUGUUCCCAUAUUUACUCACCAGGUCAUCUGAGUAAGGGUUACAGGAUUUGACCUUUAGACACAAAAUCUUCCUGGAAGCAUCCCUCUUCCCCACCCCAUAUCCACUAAUUCGGUCAUUUUGUUUAAAAAAUAGACUCCAGUUUGCCUUAAAGGUCACAUUAUUAAGGAGAAAUAUGACACAUCUGAUAGACUUAUUAAAAACUGAUUGCUGCAUAAGCAUUACCAUGGAGAAUGUAUUUCAAAGAGAAAUUUACCAACCCUGUAGCAGAAACCUUCAAUAAAAACAGGAU